AGCGCUGAGGAUAAAUACAAGAUAUGGAUGAGGCACCGCUACAACGACUGCGUGGCCUGCUUGGCCGAGCUGAUGGGACAUGAUGCCUUCCAGGUCAAGGAAUUUUCACUCUGCACCCUCAUGAAGUUUGUUGAGUUGGAGGCACAAUAUCCAUUGAUCAAAGUGGAGUGGAAGGGGAGUUUAACUUUUCCUCGUGAACUUCUUAAGGUAGUUGUUGAUGGCUUACUUCCCUUAAACGAGGACGCUUCGCUCCUGAUCUCUCGUUUUCAAGAAUAUAUGGAAUACGAUGACAUUCGGUACUUUGUCACAAAAGCUGUCACCGAGAGUAUUGGCCAAGUCAUGCAGAAGACAAAAGAGAGGCCUCUGCCAUUUUACCAGCAGAAUGUGUUUUCCCUCAUUUCACCCAUUAACAUGCCAAACAAAGAGAGCGACAUGGUCAAAUUCAUGGUGAAGCAAGAUAACUGGGAGGAAUUGAAAGUAUCGAAGCUGCAGGCACACAAGCAAGCGUUUGAAAAAAUGUGGCUCAGUUUUUUGAAGCACAAGUUACCCACUGGCCUUUACAAAAAGGUUCUUGUCAUUCUGCACGACUCCGUCCUGCCUUACAUGAAUGAGCCCACUCUCAUGAUAGAUUUCUUGACAGUGGCCUAUGGCAUAGGUGGAGCAAUCAGUCUUCUAGCCUUAAAUGGGUUAUUUAUUCUGAUUCAUCAGCAUAAUCUGGAAUAUCCUGACUUUUACAAAAAGCUGUACAGUCUUUUAGACCCAUCUAUAUAUCACGUGAAGUACCGAGCCCGCUUUUUCCAUUUGGCUGAUCUGUUUUUGUCUUCAUCUCACCUGCCGGCGUACCUGGUGGCAGCGUUCAUAAAGCGCCUCUCCCGGCUGGCCCUGACGGCUCCUCCCGAGGCGCUGCUCAUGGUCCUUCCCUUCAUCUGUAACCUCUUUCGGAGGCACCCUGCGUGCAAAGUGCUGGUACACAGACCUCAUGGGCCAGAAGAAAUGUCAGAAGAUCCAUAUAUUAUGGAGGAAGAGGAGCCAUCUGAAAGCAGGGCUUUGCAGAGCUCUCUCUGGGAGAUUCGGACUCUGCAAAACCAUUAUCACCCAGAUGUGGCCAAGGCAGCUGCUGUCCUGAACCAGUCGCUGUCAGAAAUAGAGGAUGACAUAUCAGGGCUCCUGGAGCUCUCAGCUUAUGAGCUUUUUGAUAAAGAAGUGAAGAAGAAGCCUAUUGAUGUGCCCCUGGAGUUUGAGCAAGUACGAGGUUUGUUUGGGAAGAAAAAUGAUCUUUUUGCAGAGCACUUCGCUUUAGAUUGA